AUCGUUUAACCCAGGAAAUUUGACAACUUUCUAUUUAGUAACUCGGGUUUUCUUUGAUCGUUUCCCUCUUAAUAUUUAUCUUAGAAUCAGCAUGCAUCUUCCUUCUUGUCUAGCUGAAGUAAACACGGUUUAAAUAAUUUUAUAGUAGUUGGUUAUCAGUUUGAAUAGUUUUUAUUCAUGGCGGUUUCAAGCAUUCAAGCUGUACAAUUUCCUAUAAAAAGAGGCCUUGAUAAAGGCCAUCGACGGAGUAGCAGAAGUGGAGGUAAUGUGAGAAUCAGGUGUGGAAUAGCUGAGCCAUCGGGACAGCCAGCGCCAAUGGGACAGAAGACCAAGUACAAUGAUGGGUUUUUUGAGAAGGCGUUCAUGACACUUUUUGCUAGGAAGAUGGAGAAGUUUGCGGCAGUGAAUAAAGAGCAGUUAGACAAGAAGGAAAAGGGUUUUUUCGAUUAUGAUUAUGAUAGUUUUGUCGAUGUUUCGAGAAGAGUAAUGCAGGGAAGAAACCGUAUGCAGCAGCAAGAAGUGGUCAGGGAAGUGCUCUUGUCCAUGCUUCCUCCUGGUGCCCCUGCUCAGUUCAGAAAAUUGUUCCCGCCAACCAGAUGGGCUGAGGAGUUCAAUGCUGCUCUGACUGUACCUUUUUUCCACUGGCUAGUUGGGCCGUCUGAGGUUGUAGAAGUUGAGAUUAAUGGGAUGAAGCAAAGAAGCGGAGUGCUUAUAAAGAAAUGCAGAUACUUGGAAAAUAGCGGAUGUGUAGGACAGUGUGUGAACAUGUGCAAGAUUCCGACUCAAGAUUUCUUCACCAACGAAUUUGGGCUUCCUUUAACUAUGAUACCAAAUUUUGAAGAUAUGAGCUGCGAGAUGGUGUAUGGCCAAGUCCCGCCUCCAUUUGAAGAGGAUCCAGUGGCCCAACAACCAUGUUUCGCUGAUAUAUGUCCAGUUGCGAAUGUCAACUCCCCUGUCUGUCCAAAAUUACAAGGUUAAGAAGAACCUCUUGUUCGACGACAGUCAUCCGAGCUGUAAAAACCUAUUACACAUCAUACGGUAAAAGUUAAUAUGCAACUGGCAAGAGGACCUGUCAAUUACACAGCUUGACAAUAGAGCUUGAUCAACAGAGUUGCACAAAAUGUUGUUCCUUGUUCACUUGAACAACCCCUGAGGCGAGGCCCCGAGGCCAGAAACUGUUGCUGGUAUGUAUACGCUUGGUACAAUACAUAAUACAUGUACGUUACGUUAUUAUACCGUAAAGAAGCAGACUAUCUGCAUAUAUGUGAGCCAUUUUUGCUGCUUGAUUUAUGGAAUGAAUGUUGUACAAACGUAAACAACACAGCUAUUGGUAGUCAGAAGAACGAUAAUUCCAGAGACUUACCAGAGAAUGUGUUUGUGUCCAAUGUCCGAAGUCCUGUAAGGAAAGACUCAAGAAAUUGUUCGAAAUGACUCUAGCUAGUCUUAAAAGAUCAACAUUAUUCGAUAUCAA